AUGCCCGGCAAGGAUAUACGCGGCGCACUAAUAUCCGCCUUCAGUGCUUGGUUGAACGUGCCAGAGGAUAAGCUUCAGAUCAUCCAACGCAUGGUAGGGAUGUUGCACAACGCCAGCCUUCUGUACGUAGCAGCCAAGUUCAUUAUGGCAUGCUCGCUUACCCUCAUGAACAUAAGCAUUGAUGAUAUUGAGGACGAUUCGCAACUCCGGCGCGGGCAGCCCGUCGCACAUAAGAUUUAUGGAACGCCGCAAACGAUCAACUGUGCGAACUAUGUCUAUUUCCUGGCUUAUCAGGAGCUUUUCGCCUUGCGGUCACCGCCAGGACUGGGAGCACGGGAUGUCCUAUCAGCAUCCGACCGACUGUAUUCGGAAGCUGACCUUGAUAUGAUUGUCACUGGCGAGCUACUCAACCUGCAUCGGGGACAAGGUCAAGACCUGCUGUGGAGAGACUCUCUCAUAUGCCCUACUGAAGAAGAAUACCUUGCUAUGGUCCGCAAUAAAACCGGGGGGCUUUUUCGCAUUGCGGUGAAGCUCAUGAUGUCCUGCGCAACGUCAAAUGCUGACAUAGACUAUGUACCCCUAGUGGAUCUUCUCGGGGUACUAUUUCAGAUCAGAGACGACUACAUGAAUCUCCAGGCAGACGACUACGCAUCGAACAAGGGGUUUGCAGAGGACUUGACCGAGGGGAAGUUUUCUUUUCCGAUAGUUCAUGGCGUCAGACAACAGUCAGGCGACCGCCAACUCUUGAGUACAGCAUCCAUGCACUCUUCUCAGCCACCGUCUGACAGAUACGUUCCAGACAUUCUGCAGAAACGACCAUCGACGCCUACCUUGAAAAUCCAUGCGAUAAAGCACCUUCGCGAAAAGACGAAGUCUUUCGACUACACGCUCGAGGUUCUACGCAUCAUCGAGGAGCAAACGCGGGCCGAGAUUACGCGGCUGGGUGGUAAUUCCCGGCUCGAGGUCAUCCUGGAUAUGCUCCAUGUUGAACAUCGUCCGGAUAGAGUAGUUUGUGCACCUGGACUGUAUCAUGAUUCGUCCUAG